CAGCUGUCAUAACACACACACCCUCACCACGCCUACCUCAGCCACGCUCCCCGGUCAAAAGAAUGAAUUGAAGACUUAUAUUUCCUAAGAAAUUAACUUUCUAAAACUAAACAAGCAGAUGUGAGGACCCGAUAUACCGUCUGCUGCUGUAACGUUAGGGUUUUCUGUCUGCCGUUUGUUGUGAACAGCAUCAGCCGGCGACCUCUGUGUGUGUUACUCAACUGCUUGUGUAACACAUGAAUGUUAGCUAACGUUAGCACUGACUGUUAGCUGCACUAAAGUCAAGCAGUGUAAGUUACAAAAGCUAACUUGGCUAGUUGCUGUACAUCUGUUCAGCUAGGUAGGUAGUUGCUUGUUAGCCACUGUAGUGGGUUCAGCGUUUUUCCAAAUGUUUUCCAAAGUAAGAAUAGGUUUAGCGUCGGGUUUAGCCAGAUGGCAUAACGUUACUUGUGUAAAUGCAAAAACGGCGAUUCAAGUGACACCUGCCCUGUGCAGACAUCAGCAUCGGACCUUCAGCUCUGAGUCUGGUGUCAAGGUGCUGUAUGAUGGGCUUUGUCCCAUAUGUGUGACAGAGAUCCGGUUCCUCCAGUUUCUGCAGAAAAACCGGCCCGGGAAGGUAGAUUUUGUUGACAUCUCGCUUUCAGGCUAUGAUGGAGCGAAAUACAAGGGCGUCAGCUAUGAGAUGGCCAUGGAGGAAAUGCAUGUGAUUGAUGAGAAAGAUGAGGUUCAUCGUGGGAUCCCAGCAUUUGCGGUCAUGUACAGUGCAGUGGGCCUCGGUUGGUUGGGUCGCUUCAUGAUGUGGCCACCUGUGAGACCAUUUAUGGACAAGUCCUACGCCAUCUUUGCCAAGAAUCGCCUAAAGUGGACUGGACGUGGGGAGGAAUGCACCACAGGACGCUGUGAAAAGAAAACACAAUGACUCUUGCCAGUAGAGAAAAAAAUAAAGUAUGUUUAAUAAGUAAACUGAUUGUGAAGAACUGUAAAUAUAUCACAUGGCUGGUCCUGUUUAACCAGUGGCAACUCUGAAAGUUUCAUUUGUGUUGUUACAGGGAAAUAUCAGCCGCCAGAUUAAAUGUUUAUGCAUUCAAUCCA